UACCCAGUCUCGGCAUAUAAUAUUCUCUUCCAUAAAUCUUCCUUUAUUUUUCCCUUCUCACAUAAAUCCGGCACAAGAGAUUCUUCAAAGAGAGAAAAAUAAUCAGAAGAUGAGUACUGAUAUUGGUGUUGUGGAGAGAGCUAUAAGCAGCCUCGGCAAAGGGCUUGAUUUCACAUCUGAUUUUCGUCUCAAAUACUUCAAAGGCAAAGAAAGAUUGGUUCUACUCAACCAAACAGAAAAGAAAGAACUCUCCGUGCCAGGUUUUGGAUCCAUCAAAGAUGUCUCCGUCGACAUCAAAUGCGAUAAGGGCGACCGGGUUCGUUACCAAUCCGACGUCCUCGAGUUUAGACAGAUGGUUGAAAGUUUCAACCAAGCUUGUUUGGUUCCCGGGAAAAUCCCUUCCGGGUUAUUCAACGCCAUGUUUGGAUUCGAAAGUGGGUCGUGGGCAAGAGAUGCAGCUAACACAAAGUACUUGGCAGUUGACGGCUACUUCAUUGUAUUGUUUAACGUUCAUAUCCAUCGUUAUCCGCUCCUUCUAUCCGAUGAUGUUCGUAAAGCAGUUCCAAACUCUUGGGAUCCCUGUGCUCUAGCCAGGUUCAUAGAGAAAUAUGGAACGCACAUCAUUGUGGGGUUGGGGUUUGGUGGACAAGACGUGGUUUUAGUGAAGCAAGAUAAGUCUUCAAGUUUGGGUCCAUCACAACUUAAGAAACACUUGGACGACCUUGGAGACCAAUUAUUCACAGGGACAUGCACGUUCUCCUCCAAAAUUAACAAAGACCAAAAGUACAAGCAGCAGCUGCCAAGAGCCUUCAAUGUCUUUGAUCCACAACCCGUCACCUUCAAUAGUUUCUCAUCCAUCACCUCAAAAGAUGGAAUUACUGUCACUCUGGCGAAAAGGGGAGGUGAUCCUACGGCCAUCAGCCACCAUGAGUGGCUACCAACAGUUUCUACAAUGCCUGAUGCGAUUCAAUUCAACUUCAUACCCAUCACUUCUCUCCUUAAGGACGUCCCGGGAAAUGGCUUCUUAUCGCACGCUAUCAACCUCUAUCUUCGUUACAAGCCUCCGAUAUCUGAUUUACAGUACUUUCUUGACUUCCAAACAAGCAAGAUGUGGGCUCCCAUUCACAAUGACUUGCCACUUGGUCCUACUACUAAUAGAGCAACUUCAUCGCCUGCCCUUCACUUCAACUUGAUGGGUCCUAAACUUUUUGUCAAUACUACCCAGGUUACAGUGGGAAAGAGACCAGUUACCGGAAUGCGAUUAUUUCUUGAAGGCAUGAAAUGCAACAGGCUAGCCAUACACCUUGAGCAUCUGGUAAACACUCCAACAUUGAUCGAAAACAAGAUCGGCGACACACAGCUAUGGCGAGGAUCAGAAGAGAUCGCGGAUGCUCGAUACUUCGAAGGUGUUUCAGGAAAGAAAUUCUCACACAUAUGCACAAUACCAGUAAGGUAUGAUCCCAAUUGGACUACAAGAGCGAAUGUAGCCUACAUUGUCACAGGAGCUCAACUUCACACCAAAAAACAUGACUCCAAAACUGUUCUUCAUCUCCGGCUCUUGUUCUCCAAUGUUUCAAAUUGCUUUGUCGCUCAAUCGAAUUGGAUGCAAAUGUCGUCCGAAUUUUCUCAGAAAUCGGGUAUCUUUUCGGCUAUAAGUACAUCCUUAACGGGAAAUUUGGCAGUAAAGGAGAAGGAAGAGAAAGUGGUGGUGGAUUCAAGUGUGUAUCCUUCAGGUCCUCCAAUGCCAAUUCAAACACAGAAGCUUUUGAAGUUUGUUGAUACUUCAGAGUUGCGUAGAGGGCCGCAGGAUAGUCCGGGACAUUGGUUAGUCACCGGGGCGAGGCUUGAUCUGGAGAAAGGGAAAAUAUGUCUUCAAGUCAAAUUCUCUCUAUUGAACAUAUGUUCCUAAAAAUUGUGCAAAAGUGACACAAAAGACUAAGGUUUUGUUUGUACAUCAAAAAAGAUUAUUUGAUUUGUACAUUUGGAAUGUAUAUUGAAUUGUCGCAUUUCAAACAAAUGAGAAAUCUAAAAAAAUUGGGGUAAUAACACUUUUGGUCA